UUAGAUUUUUUACUCGACUUUACUUUCAAAUAACGUUUAUUUCUACUGUUAUUAAAAUAGAUUAGAUAAACCCUACCAGAGGAUUUAAAACCUCCGCUGUUUGUUGUGUUACUAAAGAGUUUUAUAGGUCUUUCCAAUUUUUUGAUUUUCAUAUUUCCUCAUAGUGCCUUGUGAACUAAAAUAACUAUUACAGUGACGUUUAUUUGCCAACCUGUUUGAACACAUACAAUUACUUAUUUACCAGCCAAUCACCCUCAGAGUUUAAAAAAAAACAAAUGCAACCGUUCAGAUCAGUUUAUAUUCUUUCAAAAUGUCUGUGGGAUUGAUUUUGUGGUAAGAAAAGCUUGUCCUUUAUGUACAGUAUACUUUGCAAAUUUCACUGCAUACCAAUAGCGCAGUCAGAAGACAAUCAGAUCCGAUAUCAGGAUCUUUUCGUCAGCAGAGUUUAAUUUUAUGUUUGCUAAUUUGUAUCUUCCAUUAUUCAAAAAUGGAGAUUUUUUUGACAGCCUGAAGUUAAGUUUGCAUGAAUAUUUAUUGAUUUAUUUCCUAACCUCGGCAGGGGAGCAGCAAAUAAAUUUAGUGCUUUCUUUAAAUAAUUCUUUUUCUAUGAGGCAAGAUGUCAUUUGAAACUUUUAAAUAGGCAUUUAAUUAGCCUGUGUGUGUUGCUUCUGAACAAAACCCUGCUGGGAGCCUUUGGAGAAAUGUAUUCCAAAGAGGCGGUCAAUAUGCAAAAUUGAUGACUACACGUUCUUUGUUGCAGGGCCAUUGUGCACUGCUUGUUUAUGAAGUCUAAUCCAAUCAUAAAUUGCACCCCUGGACCAAUCAGGAAGCCCAGAACUCUCGAUGAAUGAAGCUCAAGUGGAGAACUUUGUUGAACCCCUUUGUUCGAGCUGUCACUUCUGAAAGAGCUUUAACGGGGCUGACCACUAUAAAACCCAUCAUGCAGGAGGAAGGGCAGAGAGAACCCUGCCAGACUUACUAGCUGGAUCUUUACUAAAGAGGUUUGCAAAUCAGAUUUUAAAAACACACCCAAACCAGUUCCUUGGGCCCGGGCUAGUAUUUGCUCAGCCUCUGCCAUGAUGUUCCCAAGUCUCAUAGCUCCUCCGGCGGUGUACCCGAGUCUCCUGCGGCCAACUCCUACUUUAACUUUGCCUCAGUCUCUGCAGUCAGCCUUUUCGAGCCAUUCCAGCUUCUUGGUGGAAGAUCUGAUCAGGAUCAGCAGGCCUGCCAGCUACCUGCCUAGGAGCGGCCCUUCGCCUAGCAUGUCCCCUCCAACCUCCGGGGCCAGCACCACCAGGACAGACACGGUGACCUCAGAGCUCGUCAACGGCAACACCUCCAGCGCCAGGAGGGUCUGUUCCCCGCAGACCUCAGUCUCCUCCAGUAACGACUCCACUUUCCUGAAGUUUGGGGUCAACGCCAUCCUCUCGUCCACCACUAGAGCAGAGACCUCCCCUGCGUUGCUUCCGAGCGUCCCUCCAAAGACAUUCUCCUUCCCAUACUUUGAAGGAUCCUUCCAGCCAUUUAUCAGAUCAUCUUAUUUCCCAGCGUCCUCCUCCGUGGUGCCCAUCCCUGGCACUUUCUCCUGGCCCCUGGCUGCUCGAGGGAAGCCCCGCCGAGGGAUGCUUCGCAGAGCGGUCUUCUCGGACGUGCAGCGCAAAGCUCUGGAGAAAAUGUUCCAGAAGCAGAAGUACAUCAGCAAGCCAGACAGGAAAAAGCUGGCGGCCAAACUGGGGCUCAAAGACUCGCAGGUGAAGAUCUGGUUCCAGAACCGAAGGAUGAAGUGGAGGAACUCCAAAGAGCGAGAGCUCCUCUCCUCCGGGGGCUGCAGGGAACAAACCUUACCCACCAAGUUCAACCCUCAUCCCGACCUCAGCGACGUGGGCAAGAAGUGCUCAGGGGAGGAGGAGGAGGAAGAAGCAGCGUCUCCUCUCUGCCCAGCCAGCCCCCGGCACACCUUGACCUUCCACCAGUCCCCAGAGCAUCUGCACUUGAGGGACAGACUGGACUCUCAGAUGCCCCCCUCUCCGUCCCACUCCAGCAGCCCCAGCAAACCCUCAGACUUCUCAGACUCAGAGGAAGAGGAUGAUGAGGGGGAAGAGGAGGAGAUUACAGUCUCUUAGGUCUCCUGCCCACCCCCACCACAACAGGGGACUUUGCAAAGAUGCAAAUCAAUGACUAGAACAUAUAGAAGUGCUAUCAAAUUGAAGAGGUGGUGUCCCUUCUGAAUAUCUCCAUGACUCUCAUACACAGGUUAUUUAUGGCAUAGCCAGGUCUAGCUACACUUACAUUCCUUUCCUUGUCUGUUUGCUCUGCUUCUGAAGCCUUGUAUACAUGCCAUCCAUUAAUUAGCCUUCCCCUUUGUAUCUAUGGUUAGCAACCAAACUUGUACAAUAGCUCCAUUUCCCCCAUGCAAUCCAAUGCCCCAGAGAAGAUAAUUUGAACUUUGGAAGGCAUUCUUGGUAUACAGCAAGUAAAGAAAUGGAAUGGAGACUGUUUUCUAGACAAAAUCAUGGUAAAUGCCAUAAUCCUUUUAAUUAGAUUUCAAGAGAAUUCCCAAGUAUUAAGGUAUGGAAAUUAUGGAAGCUGUAUGGCCUGAUCUUGGUACCCUUAUUUACAUGAGUGGUCCUUACACAUGUGGAACUAUUCAUGGGCCACACACAGCUCCUCUUAAGCACACCCAGUGGUCCAAUACUCCGUAUGUGUCAGUGGGAUACAUCUGAAGUACAUUCUUACUUAACUGGGAGAACCUGGCCCACAUAAGGACUGCUGGCAUGAACAAGGGUUUCAAAACUGGGGCCUAUGUGCUUAUAUUUAAAUUGGUGCAGAGAUACUAUCUAUGAAGCACUCUCUAAACCAUUUUUAGUUUUAUCAAUUUCUACAUUGCUUCUACAAUAGGUUUAAUGUGGAGAGAGGAAAAUGGAUAUGCCUCUUUGAUUUUUGACUGAACUUUGCUGUCUUUGCACAGCUUUUUGAACUGUACACUAUUUUGUACACUUACGCUGUAUGGAUAUUUUAUACCAAGGUUAUUGUGAAUGAGUAUAAAGAUGGACUGAUAAGAUUUCUCUUUUGUUUUUAAUGGUUUUUAAGCUAAAAAAGUAGCUGUUUAACUAUGUAACUUAUAAAGAAACACUUUUAUUUUGUAUUUUAUGUGUACAGAUUUUAAAUAUGUAUAUAUAAUAAAUGCAAUAAUGCCAAAUAAAAAGUA